AUGGGAAUGCAUCCUCCCAACAUUCGGACAAACUGUUGCGGUGGUGAAAACCGUAAUGAAGCGAAUCUCAAGUAUGCGCACGUGAUUCUUGCUGGUGAAGGCGCCGCCGGAAACAACGCCAAAGCUGUCGCCGCGCAGGCCGUUCUUCUCACGGCUCUCGGAAACUCGUCCCCGGUCAAGUUUUCAACGGUGAACAGCGGAGUUCUCGCCAACGCCGUCGGGGCCGAUGCCUCGUUCAGCGCCUUCCAGGCAGUUCACUCCGACAGCGGAAUUGCUGGAGUCUACCUUGUCGCUGAGCCAUCCAAGAUUUCCAAGGUCGUCCAUUCUGUUGUCGGAGCCCUCAAGUCGUUCAAGGUCACCGAUAUUGAUGCCAUCAAGAAACAAGCACACAACAACGCCUUGAGAGCCAAGGCUCAUUCCGAUGUGUAUUCUGUGGAGCGCGCCAGCCAGCUCAUCAUCUCUCAAGACAACUAUAUCAAUCUUAUUCCAAAUGUGACGUCGUCUGAUGUUGAAGCCGCCGCUCAACGAAUUCUCAAGAAGGUCUCCCUUUCAAGUUACGGAGAUGUCGACAAUGUUCCAUACCUCGACACCCUUUAA